GAUCCGCGGGCCAAGAAGUGACUUUGAAAACAUUACCGAAUUUGCGAGUAAGCUUGGGAGUGAUAUUUGUCGAGAAUCGCCGGAACAAUAUCUAAACGAUAUUGCCAUACUCCCAGCGAAGGUGUCGGACCGCCGCUUGGAAGGAGACGAAGACGUUGGGGGCUCUCACGGUCCUGUCGUAUACUCUCCCCCGGCUGCAUCCAUGCAAACUCUUAUUUAUCGUGCUGAGCAGUCGAACCAUCCGCUCGGCCAACGCCGAGGCUUGUUGAAUCUGGCGAACUUCUCUCUAGACCUGUCCUGGGCCAGAGCAGAGACGGAUUGUGCUCUUAGCAGCACAAGGGCGUAUCCCUCUCCGCCCAUGUCAGGGUCUCCACCACCACUCCCGCCCAAAUCAUACCCAGAGGUCGGUGAUCGAGGAGGCAAGUAUCGAACAGCACCGCCACAAUCGUCCUUACUACCCCCUACAACCAGUUCCACCAGACCAUACCCCCAAGAGGCUCCGGAGCGAAUGCCGUAUCCAUAUCACCGCCCAGAGGACACGAUGGGAAGACCUAUUCCCUACGCACAGCAACCAGGCCCGAUGGUUCCCCAGCCUCAGUACUCGCUUCCUCCUGUAGUUGGACCAAAUAUAGGACCGUCAUCCUAUCCGAUGCCGAGUAACCCGCAAGGUGCCGAGAACCCGCCUUACGCCUCUCCGAAAUCCCAGCGGAAAACUAAGGGGCAUGUAGCUUCAGCUUGCGUGCCCUGCAAAAGAGCACAUUUAAGAUGUGAUGCCCAGCGGCCAUGUUCGCGGUGUCUGAGCAACGGCAAAGAAGACUCGUGUGUUGAUGUCCAACAUAAAAAGCGCGGCCGACCCCGAUUACGCGAUGACAACCAACCCCGAUUCGAUACAGGGAGAUUCCCUCACCCAAGUGAUCCCGUAAUACGACGACCAGUCUCACUUUAUUCGCCGAUUAGCGCGGUGUCUGCCUCGUACGAAGACCCUCUUCGAAGAAACCAUUCUUAUAGGGUCUUAAAAUCACAACCGAGUGGUGAUCCCAUUCCGCCUAGGUUUAUCGAGCGCGGAUCGGCUUCAGACGCAAACAUCUUUCCCGCGCCCAUUUCCAUACCCCCUCGUGCACAAGAGCCUGUGGCGUUUUUGACGACAGAUCUGGAGAUUAUGGGGGCGUCAGGAACAUUUAUGGAAGCAGUAGGUGUUCGAUCAGUCAUGGGUCGAAGGUUGCUAGAUGUCGUCAAUCCAGGAGAGCGUGAUAGAGUUUUUGCGCUCCAGAGGUCUCUGCAGGAAGAACAGGGGAAAAAGGAACCGAAUUAUCUGCCGCCAAUUUUCGGGAAAGAAGAGGCCGCGAGGGUAAUACAGGCACUGCCAUUCAGUCCAGAGUCGAUAUCGAGGUUCCAACUAGAUCGUCAUGAUUUCUUCAACUUUGUCGGGGGAGACGGACAGCUACGACCCUACCCGAUCCGUGUCGGACUAGCAAAGGAGGACUCGAUAUACUUCGUCGUGUUGCUCCUGUUAAACCGUCCAGCUCAGCCGUUCCCUCACCCGUCGCCUUCUCCUCACGCCCGAGAUUUUCAAUAUUCAUUCCAGUCGUAUGCCCAGUUAACUCCGAUUUCGAGUUCCUUCGACUCCAUACGCCCUCGAUACGGGGAAUCGUCUCGCGAGGGUGCCUAUACACCACGGCAACCGCCAACUCCCGCGCCUAUGGCCUCGGGCCUUACCCCUAGCAUCAGUCCGAACGUUUCCUCUUAUUCCGCUUCCACUCCCUCGCGAAUCGAGCCUCCCGCCGGUCCUUCUCACCAUAUUCCAAGGAGCGAGCUAUCCAUCGUCAGGCCUCCCCAGCAAGUCGAAUAUCAACUGCCUCCUAUUCGUGGCCAGAGUCAAGCCGGCCCCCCAGGAGAACCGUCCAGUUGGCAGCGAGAUGAUCGUUCAAGCCGUGUCGACAUUGGCGGAUUAAUAGAAAAGCCCGACCCGUCGCGACGAGGUCGGUAGUGGUUGAUCAAUGAUCGGACGCCAUGAAUCAUCUCAUGUCUCGUCUCUAGGUAGUUCCGGUCUCUUUCUCAGGCUGGAUGCUCUCGGCGCCUAUCCG